AUGGACCCGCGGCGCCUCAACGAGUCCCUGCAGGAGCUGCUCUGCCGCCCCGGGAACGGCACCGGCACCGGCACGGACACCGGCACCGGCUCCGGCUCCGGCUCCGGCUCCGGCUGGAACAGCUCCGCCUGCGACCUCCUCCGCAGGGGCCUCCGCGGGCCCCCGGCGCCCAAAGACCUGGACCUGACAGUGCGCGUCCUGCUGUACGCGCUGAUCUUUGUGCUGAGCAUCUGCGGGAACGCCCUGGUCGUGGCCGUGCUGCUCCUGAACCGCCGCCUGCGCACCGUCACCAACUCGUUCCUGCUGUCCCUGGCACUCAGUGACCUGAUGCUGGCACUCUGCUGCAUGCCCUUCACUCUCGUCCCCAACCUCAUGGGCACCUUCAUCUUCGGGGAGGCUGUCUGCAAGCUCAUGGCCUACCUCAUGGGCGUCUCCGUGUCAGUCUCCACCUUCAGCCUGGUGGCCAUCGCCAUCGAGCGGUACAGCGCCAUCUGCAACCCACUGCAAUCCCGCGUGUGGCAGACGCGCUCGCACGCCUGCCGGGUCAUCGCCAGCACCUGGCUCUUCUCGGCGCUGCUCAUGCUGCCCUACGCCAUCUACAGCACCACGCGGGCCGUGCCCGCCCGCGGCGCCCGCCCAGCCCUCAGCCAGUGCACGCACGACUGGCCCAGCGAGCACGUCCGGCAGGCCUGGUAUGUUCUGCUGCUUCUCAUCCUCUUCUUCAUCCCUGGAGUGGUGAUGAUCGUGGCUUACGGGCUCAUCUCUCGUGAGCUCUAUCGAGGGAUCCGUUUUGAGUUGGACAUCAAGGGGGAGGCUGCAGCCCAGCGCAAUGGCAGCGCGGAGCUGGCACCUGCCUGCGAUGAGGGGGAUGGCUGCUACCUGCAGCUCUCCCGGCCAGGCGGCGCGCUGGAGCUGCGUGCUCUGGGCACAGCGGGCGCACAGCAGGACCGGGCACGCAUCAACAGUUCAGAGGCAAAGCUGGUGGCCAAGCGGCGUGUGAUCCGCAUGCUGGUGGUCAUCGUGGCCAUGUUCUUCCUCUGCUGGCUGCCCAUCUUCACUGCCAACACCUGGCGUGCCUUUGCACCGCGGGCAGCCCAGCGCGCGCUCUCGGGGACACCCAUCUCCUUCAUCCACCUCCUCUCCUACACCUCCGCCUGUGCCAACCCCCUCAUCUACUGCUUCAUGAACCGCCGCUUCCGCAAGGCCUUCCUGGGCACUUGCACCGGCUGCCGCCACGCCUGCCCACGCCGCCCGCUCGAUGAGGACGUGGCCAACGUCAACGCCUCGCUCUCCAAGUUCAGCUACACCACUGUCAGCAGCCUCGGGCCCCCCUGA